AGUUUCGGCUUUAACCAUUAUAGUUGAUGCAACUUUUACUUCCGGUGUGGGAAAUCUCGUAAUAUACUGAUGUGACAGUUUGACGCCGUGGUACUAUGUCCUCACCCCAGGGAUGGACAUGGUGGACAGUUUAUUGACGGCUCCGGAAGCUGACGCAGUACCGGCCCUGGACUUCGAGCUGAUCACAGAUGAUGGAGAGUCGGGAAAUCUGUGGUGUGAGCAAUGUAAAGUGUACAAAAAGAAUUAUGAGAAGCUACAGGAAGAACAUGCCCGGAGUUAUAACACACUGAAGAAAAAGAUAAUAUCGACAGACUUGCUCAUCAAGAAGUACAAGACAAAGUGUGAAGAUUAUGAUCAGCAAGCUCGGACACUGGAGGAGGCUGUUAAAAGACAACAGCAACAACAGAGAGAGACGGACACACUUCAGGCCCAGCUGUCGGCGGCAUUACGACAGAUGGAACCUCUCAAGCAGGAGAAAAUAGCGCUUGAUCAGGAGAUGAAAAGAAAACUUCAUGAGAUCCAAAGUUUGCGAGACCAAGUUGUGUCAGGAGAGAGUUUUAAAACGCAGUACGAACAAUUGAAUAAAUCGUUACUGGCCACCAAAGAGAAACAGGAACAGGAAGUGAAGGAUGCCAACAAGAAAACACGAGAGCUCGAGCUAAGUCAACAAAGGCAAGAAUCACUGAUCACAAAAUUGAAAGAAGACAACAAAAUCUUGAAGAAAGAGAGUAGCAAAAUUCAAAAGAAAGAGAAGAAAACAGAGGAAAUUCUGGCAAAGACGCAGGAGACUGUGAACAGAUACAAAGAGAUUUUGAUCAAGCAUGGUCUUCUACCCAAACAAGACAGAUCCCGGGGGGUCAAGAAGGGGCCAGGAGCAGAGGACACUCAGUCACAGGAGGAGGGUAACUGGUGUAAUCCUGGUCCUUUCUCUAACAAAGAACAAGAUUGGGACCAUGUAAAGCAACACAAGGUCACUGCAACAGACAGAAAAUCAGAAAACAUCUACCCAGAGGAGAAGAAAUAUGUGACAGACACACAGGAGGAGGAUGGAAGCUUGCUGGAGUUCCCUUUCACUUUCAGUCCCCUGGUGUCAGUGUUGUCACCACUCCCUCCCUCUCCACAGUCCUACAGAAAGGAAGUGGAAGAUAAUGAUGAUAGUGGUAAUGACUUGGAUGAAAUGGCAGAGCAACUGGAGCAGGAAAUGAUAAAUGCCUCUCCCACUCUCAGACGGUCGCCCAGGAAACACGUCCCCCAGUCGCCUCUAACAAAGGACCUCAGCACACAAAAUGAGAGCUCCACAUCAACUCAGAAUACAAGUACUCUCAAACAAAAGACAGUCCAUGGCCAACAAGGUGGAAUUCUGAGAGGAAGUCAAGAGGGAACUCUGGGAGGAAAUGAUGGAGGAAUGCAGGAAUUGAGAGGAAUCAAAAGGAUAACAUUCACUCGUGGAGAGAGUCCACACCCUGAGGACACAAAGGAAAGAGAGGUGAAUUUGAAAGUGGUCAAAGAUGUGAAGGGAAGGAUGAUUUCUGAAGUGGCCAUGGAUAUAGAAGGAAGCAUGAAUUCUGAAGUGGCUGUGGUCAACCCUAAACCAAUUCUUAGUGGUCACCAGAACUCCGCCUUCCAGAAAUUCUCUAAAAGCACUGAUAAACAGGAGAAAUGCCGGGGGGAAACUAUAGAAAGACUCCACCCCCAACUGCCAAGAGAAACUGUGAACACUGCAAACUCUAGAUUUACCUGUGAUAAAAAUAAAAACGUGGAUGAGAACAACACAAAUAUUCAACAUAAGAGGACUGAGUGCCUGGAAAAGCAUGCUUUUAGACCAGUGGCUGAGAAUCUGGAAGAUUCAGAUAGCAUGUCCGCAACAGAGACAAAGCAUAGGAUUAAAGAGUAUGAGACACCUUGUAACAGCAAUUGUGUGAAAGAUGAUUUGAAAAUUCAGUGUGAGAAAGAAACUAUUGCAGAUCAACAGGCUGGGAAAAGUAAUCUGGAUUCAGAUAAAGAGGUUAUGUUGUCUGUACGAACAUUAAGGAAGUCCUUUAGCUUGCCUGAAGGUAAGCUUUCUCCAGAGCUUGGGAAAGUGCGACGAAAACGAAACAUGUCAUUAUCACAGAAGAGCCCUGGGAAAGAUUUUGAUAGUUCUGAUUCAAAAGUCAAAGCAGGUCAUGAAAGUCCGAGAAGGUCUCUAAGGAAUAGAAUUAAUUACGAAAGUAAACAGAAGUGCGCAGAAAACAGUGAUGCAUGUUUGAUGUUAAGGAAAAGCAGCGUUGUAAAUUCUCUGUCAAAAUUUGCACCUCCAAAGCCACCUUCUAGAUUAACUCGAAGUCAGACCUUACAGGUGCCCACAGAUGAACUAGAUUCUCUGUGUCAAAGGUCAAGGUCAAGAAUGAGAAUCCCAAGUGGAAAAAAACGCAAAGAGGAAGAAUCUGGAAAUGUGGGAAGACAGGACAUCAAAGAGGAGGAUGUGGGGAGUGAUGAGGUGGAGGAGGGUGUGAAGGAAGACAGACGACGGACGACCCGGGCAAUGUCUAGACAGGACAGUCUGGGCUUUGUUCUGAGGUCUCCGCCUGUCCUAAAGUCUCCACCCAUUGUGUUACCUUGUCAGAAGGCAAUGGGUAAAGCUGUCAUGUCUAAAAUUUCACCUCCCACCCCAACUUAUCCAGAGACUAAGAAAAAGGAGGAUGUGUCUGCUAAGAUUGGUUAUGGUGGUUGUUUUGUGCCUUCUGUUGAAGGACUAGGCAGAUUGAAAUAUGAUAAAGACAAUGACAGCACAAAGAAGAUAAAUCAUGAGAAUUUAGAGGAUACGGUUAGUUUGAUACAUGAAAGUUUGUGUGAAACAUCAGUUUCAAAGGCAAGUGAUAAAAUCAGUGAGAAUGUGACUGUUAGGGAAGGACAUGAUGAGAAAGAUAAAAGUGUUAGUAAUCAAACUCUGUCUAUGAGAGAUGGUGAACUAAAACACUGCAAGAAAGGAUCAAGUGUGGAGGAGGAAGAAUUGGAGGGGUCACUCCCACGACAGGGGAGUAUGGGAUUCAUAGUGAGUGGUGAGGCUGUGGCAGGUGAAUCAGAGAAAUCCAGUCCAAAACAGACAGGAAAGGAUUCAUAUCAGAAUCAGGAGAAAAGGGAAACAGAUUUCACACAAGUUUCCUCAGCGGUUUUGAACAACUUGGAAGAAGGCAGUACUAUUUCGAAUCAGGAACAUAAUGUUCAGAAGAAUGGGAAAGUACUGGAAAAAGUUAUGUUAAAUGGGGUAGAGAUUGAGGAUAAUUCUAAGCUUCCUCUGACGAAAGAUUCUGAUAAAGAACAGCCUAAACUGUUAUUUCAGGAUACAAAUCAUUCAGGACGGGAAUUUAUCCCUUCCGACAAGACCGCCGCACAAGGUACAGUUUCCCUGAAUACCGAGACUGCUGUUACAAAGGAGAGAGAGAGUCAUUCUAUCCAAGAAUCAUCUAACAUAGACAACCCUCAGAAUGUUUCUGAUAUGUCUUGGGCAAGAGGACAAGUUCAUGAACAUGAGGUCUUGAUGACAGAUGGUGGGGAAAACCCGGUAAACAAUGUUAAAGAUCCCAUUAAGAGUAUAAGUAAAUCGUCUGCUGAUUUAUCUUGUUCCACUAUGAAUUCUGCUGACAUUAGUAAUGCUUGUGAAUUUCCUACUGGAACUUUUGAUAAACCUGAUGACCCAGGAAACUUUAAUAGUGAAGUUCACUUUCCAUCCACUUCGUCUGUGUCUGGUGAUGCCAGCAGAGGUCCCUCUUCUUCCUCUGUGGAAGGCAGCUGUAUUUCCUCUGUAAUGUACAUACCAAGUCUUUCAAAGUUAGUUCAGAAGUCCUCCUUUCCUGCUGUGGUGGCAUCCAGCACUGUCCUGUCUCCAGAAAUGGAAGAUCUUCCCUCCCAACCCCACACAGACAAUUCCACCACUCCUGGUUCCCCCUCCACUCUCUCUACAGGGGGACCAGUUUCACCUCUCCCUCCAUCACCAUUUCAUUUUUUCCUGUCAAAUCCAAUCUCCCCUCUCCCACCUUCACCCAUCCGAGAGGUGGCGCCUCUGUCUCCUUUGUGUUCCUCUCCCUUUGAUCUGGAGGCACCAUGUCUUUCAGAGUCAUCUUCCUCGUCUGUGAUUCAAACAGAGACAACACAUAGUUUGCAGGAGAACCACCGCAUUUUAGAUUCUAAGUCAUCCAUUUCAUCAUCAGCCAGAAAGUUAAAGAGUCGCCAGCAUACAGCUGUGAGCCAUGUUACCAAGGAAACCAAAUCCAGUCAGUCAUUUCAAUCAGGGAAAAAAAGCAUCCAAUCAGAGAAUACUCCACGCACAUUUCAUGCAGUUGCACCACCAGAUGCAAUUGCAGUCAAACCACAGAAAAAUAAGGACAUUGCACAAACAGCUAGUGCACAGAAUUCACAGAAAACAAGGUCAAAAGUGACAGUGGGAAAAAAGCGAAGAAGUCUGAAUAACAGUGAUGUGACUUCAGAGAUUGUGGAGAAAAAACAGUGCUUGGAAAACUGCACAGCUGAUAAAAAGGACUCCACAAAAUUGGCAGAUGGAAAAAAUCUCCAUAAAGUUAUAGAAGCGGAGAUGAAGCAGUUUCUGGAGAAUAUGGAUGUCACUUGUCAGGAAAUGAAGGAUAAACUUGGUCUGCUAGCUGAUCACUCCACAGUGUCUAGUCAUAUGUUACAGUGGACUGUUCAGUACCUGCGUUGUCAACAGAUGGAGCUGUUCAGCAUGAUCCACUGUUACUGCGCCUACAGUAGUGACUGUCAAUCACAGACCGAUCCAUUCCUUACCACGGGGGAGGUCAGGUUGUUACAGUUCUACAGCUUCCUGUUCCAGAAUCCUGACUGGAUUGAUCAAAGACGGCAGCUCCUUGACCUUUUGUGGACAUCAAUAUUUGGUAACAGUACGUUAACCUUGACCAGCAGGCUGUCAUUGUGUCGGAUGUUCGUUGGACUUCUGUAUGAUGCCGGUGAUGCGGAGCAUGUUAGAGUGUUUUUCUACCAUGUGAUGACCUGUAAAUAUCUAAAUGCUGCCAUGAUUGCUGUGACAAUAGCUGGAGUGUGGCCCUGGUGUCUCUAUAGGAACUCCUCAGAAACAAGCCCUGUGCUAGUUGUCAUGGAGGCCUGUAUAAUGAAAGAACUCCAGGAAUUGCAAGACAAGGGGACAAAGAUCUCUGUUUGCCUAAAGAAGUUGGUCAACUGGGAUGUGUGUGUUCACCAAAACAAUGUUCUCCUACAGCACAUGGUUAAAGAAAUCGAGGAAAAGUGUGCCGACUUUCAUAGCAACCAAGGUCAGAUUGAUGAGUUACGACGGGCUGUUGAGUUACUCUUGGUGAUGCAGAAGGUGGGAUUCUAUAAGACGGUCUUCAUCGGUGUGGCGGUCAGCCCUCUGGUCAACAAACUCCGGUCAAAGCAGACAGAGACUGUGGAGCAUUAUGUCAAGGUCAUUGUUCAGAUAGCAGGAUGUGCUCUAACACAGUUGACCACCAUGAAUGAGAAAUGCAUGUCCCAGAUCAUCCGAAAAUACUUCACCAAAAUACUCAUGUCUGAAAUAGCGAGCCAGGAUUUACAGCACAGUAUAGCGCUGUCCCUGCUGGAGUUGUCCUCCCUGUCCCCCGUUACCGUAAUGUCAGGAUCACUCUAUCCAUGGUUCCUUGCUCAUAAAAACGACAUUCCCGCAGAAUUUGUCCACAAACUGGAGAACAUGCGACAACUUUUAGUGGCUCACUUCCCCUACUUGAGAUGCCCCUCAUUUGUAUAGAAAAAAUGGAAAAUUUUAGUCCAUACCUCAAGAUUUGAAAGAAAAAAUCCAUAUAUUUGUGCGAUUUCCUUGAUUGAUGAGACAUCAUGUGCUGUGAAUGUAGUGGCUGGGAUGCCUUUGCUCUGCAUUUGUGUAGAAUUGCCUCUGAACAUGGCCGUGUGCUGACAAAUGGAUGUACAGUAGGAUUAUGUGCCAUAUAUAGAAUUCUGUGUGUCUCCUUCCCACUUCCUGUUGAGCUGACAUUGAUGUUAGUCUGUUGAUAGUGCUACUUUAUCAAAUUCAGUAAUCUACUGAAUACUCCUAAAUAAGAUGGAGAUGUAAAGAUUUUUUUUAGAAAUUUAUAUUGACUGUGUUAUUAUAUAUGGCUGUUUUGUAUCUGUCUCAGAAAUGCAUUGGUACUGUGUGUGCUUCAAAUGCUCUGUAAAACUGCUUUAUAAUGGCAAUGUUACCCUCAAUGCCAAGUUUUAUAUAAUGCCAAUCAAAUUUCAGAGAUUGGAGGAAAGUAUGAAUUUCCUGUAAAUUGUGAUUUUUUUGUCUUUCUUUAGAUAUUUCACAAUGCAUUCUAACAAGUCAUAUACAUGUAUCAUUGUCUGAUUGCUGAAGAUUAUAUUGUUUUAUGGAGAUAUA